AUUCCCUCCACCUUUUGUCGCGUUGGCGUUCCUAUUCUCCACAUUGUUGUUGACAUUUCGCUCUGUUUUUGAUUGUUAAAGAACAUUGAAGAUGGCACCGUUCAAAGGAUCUCGCAAGACUGUGACGCGCUCUACGGACGAUAUCUGGGUACAUGAUCUUGCAGAAGAUGCGAAAACUUCGAGGCCUACACCAACUGCACCGGCGGCGGCAGUAGCUGCAAACACCAGGCUCGCGGUGUCGAAUGUGCAUUAUGAGAUCACGGAGAAGGAUUUGACGGCCAUCUUUGGUCAGAUAGGCACGCUCGUCCGUGAGCCCUUGAUCAAGUACGACCGCAGUGGACGCUCGACGGGUGUAGCGAUCAUCGCCUUUGAGACCGCGAGCGAAGCGGCCAAAGCAAAGGAGCAGUUCCAAGGUGUUCUCGCAAAGGGCCAGCCUAUCUCGAUUGAAUACGACACCCAAGGCCCUCCAAUUCGCCGGAUGCGUUCCGCGACAGUCCCCACAGGCACUCCAAGCGGGCCGAAGUCAUCGUUGAUGGCAAGAAUGGGAUUGGCAGGUGCGGGAGGAAGGGAGAAGGCGCCGCUGAUUGCGAGGUUGGGUACGGCGGAGAAGAAGGCGAGAGAUAGUGCCGUUGUAGCCGCACGAGGCGGGCGCGCACCACAGGCUGCAGCACGUGGAGGCAGGAGAGGUCGGGGCGCUCCUGGGGGCGUCACGGCUGUCGCAGGCAGAGGUCCCAGGGAGAGUAAGAAGCCGAAGACUGCUCAAGAGCUUGAUAGCGAGUUGGAUGCGUUCAUGGGUCCUGCGCCAGCUGCAGCUGCCGGCAACCCACCCGCAAUAGCGUCGAGACUGGGGGUCGUGGCGGGCGGACAGCCAGCGGCGAUAGUCAACGAGGACGUGGAGAUGUCUUGAGUAUCGAGCGUUUUGGACUCUUGUGGCUUACUUUUUCUUGUGCACACUGGAAUGAUUUUUUGGUUGACGAUCGCAGGUUUCACUGUCGCGAGCACGUUUAUUUCGUUAUGUCUACUGCUCGUCGACGGUUCAGUCGUUUCCGAUGACAUCAAUGAAGGUCUUUUCC